AUGCAAGGUCAAUUAAAACAUCAACUGAAAUCACAAUUUAAAGGAUUAAAUCAAUUUAUAUUAGACCUUAAAAAUUCAAUAGAUCAAGAUGAAGAAAAUAAAAAAAUUAAUAUUGAAAUUGAAAAUAUUAGAUCAAAAUUUAAUCAUAAUUCAUUAAAUGGAUAUCAGAAAAAGAAAUAUUUAUGUAAAAUUAUAUAUAUUUGCUUGUUGGGUAAAUCAGAUAUAAUUGAUUUUGGAAUUAAAGAGUGUUUUGAUUUAAUUAAUUCAAAUGUAUUUAGUGAAAAGAAAUUAGGAUAUUUGGCGAUUUCAGUAUUAUUAAAUAAUGAUAAUUCAAAAGUAUCAGUCAAGGAGAAAUUUAAUUACAUCCUUGAAUCGGUAUUUAACGAGUUGAUCAAAGAUUUGAAAUCUCAAGAUGAAGAAUUUAAUUGCUUAGCAAUUCAAUUUAUUUGUUCUGUUUUUAAUUGUCUGGAAGAUAAGGUGGUGAUUACUGAUUCUGAUUCAAAUGCUCAAGAUUGGUUAGAAAUUAUUGAUUUAGUAUAUGCUUGUUUUACUUCACCGCUUCAAAAAACAAUACUACGUAAAAAAUCAGCAAUUGCGUUAAAACUAUUAUUACAAAUAUAUCCUGAAGUAAUUAUCAGCAACAAUAAUUGGACUCCAAGAUUAAUAAAAUUGAUAGAUGAGAAAGAUCUCGGUGUUAUUAUUUCAAGUCUUCCAUUACUUACAUUCGUACUCAAUUUGAAACCACAAUUUGUCAAGACUAUAAUUCCAUCAAUUUCAAAACAUUUAUUUAAAAUAGUAGUUGAAAAUAAAUGUAAUCCCGAAUAUUAUUAUUAUGAAAUUCCUGCCCCAUGGUUAAUUGUUAAAUUAUUACAAUUUCUUGAACAAUCUUUCCUAAUUGCAAAUAAGGAAGGAGAACAAGUUUUAUCAAUAGAUAAAUUAGAUAAUCAAUCUGUGUUUGAAUUAAGACAAGUUGUAGCAAAAUCAAUUCAAAAUGCCUCACAACCAAUUAAAGGUCUUUCAAAUAGAAAUUCACAAAGUCUGAUUUUAUUUCAAGCUGUUUCAUUAGCUGUAUUUUUAGAAGCUAGCCCUGAAGCUAUUAAUGGUGCAAUCAAUGCUUUAUUAAUGUUAUUGAAUUCAAAUGAAACAAAUACGAGAUAUUUAUCAUUAGAUGCAUUGAUUAAAUUAUUUGCAAGAUCAAAUUCAAACUACUUAGCUUCAAAAGAGAAAUUUGAAGAGAACCUCAUUCUUUUCGUUAAGCUUUUAAAUGAUAAAGAUAUAUCAGUACGAAGAAAAUCUUUAGAUUUAUUAUAUACAAUAUGUGAUAUUUCAAAUUAUACAUCAAUUAUAAAUCAAUUACUAGAAUAUUUCCCCACGGCUGAUUUCUUAUUAAAAUCGGAAUUAGCUAUCAAAAUUACAAUAUUGGCUGAAAAAUUCGCUACUGAUUCGACUUGGUAUGUGACUACAAUGUUAAAAUUAUUAUCAAUUGGAGGCGGAUCAACAUCAAAUGGAGUGGGGUUUAUUUCAAAUGAAGUAUGGGAAAGAAUAGUUCAAAUAGUAGUAAAUAAUGAAGACCUACAAAAGAAAACAUGUAGUAAAAUUAUAAUUAAACUUUUAAAGAAUCCAAAUGGUCAGUUUUCAGAAAAUUUAAUCAAAGUUGGUGCUUUUGUCUUAGGAGAAUAUGGAGAUCAAAUAAACAACAUAGAAGAUCUAAAUAUCAAUAUCCAAUUUCAUCUUUUAUUCGAUGCAUAUUUUAAAGUUUCGUUAUUGACUAGAGCAAUGCUACUAUCCACUUUCCUCAAAUUGUUGGUCAAAUUCCCUAAUGCAAAUUUUGUCCCUGAUAUUGUUGAUUUAUUUGAAAUUGAAUCACAAUCGAUGGAUUUAGAAAUUCAAACUAGAGCACAUGAAUAUUUAAAAUUAUCUACGUUAAAUACUGAUUUUAAAUUAGCAAAGACUGUAAUUAAACCAUUUCCUAUUUUUAAUCAAUUGGAAAAUCCUUUAAUGAAUAGAUUGGGAAGUGUAAGUAAAAUAAUUGGAUUAAAUAGAUCAAGAUCAAAGAGUCUAGUAUUAGCUCAAAAUAUAGCUAAUAAACCAGUUGAAAAUUCAUUUAGUGAAUCAUUGAGUAAUAAUUGGUAUGCUGGAUAUCAUAGGAUGUUAUAUUUUGAUGCAGGUAUAUUUUAUGAAGAUCAAUUGAUAAAAAUUACAUAUAGGGUAAUUAAAAAUAAUUUUGAUCUAACUUAUAUAUUCACGAUUUUGAAUAAGUCGUUUAAAUCAAUAGGGGCAAAUAUUACUAGUUUUACAGUGUUGAAUAUAGAAUCACUAACUCAAAAGAAUAAUCCAAAUUAUAUUAUCGGGUUGAAGAAUAUUCCAAAUAAGACAAUUCGAGAUAAAUCAAAUAUGGAAAUACAAAUCAAGAUUCGAAAUAUUAUUGAAAAUAAUGAAAGUCCAAUCCUAUCUUUGACAUUUCAAUGUGGUGGAUCAUUCAAUCAAUUGAACCUUAAAUUUCCAGUCAUAUUAUUAAAAUCAUUAACACCUUCUCAGAUAACAGUAUCUGAGUUUCAAAAUAGAUGGACUCAAAUUGGUCAGUUAUUAGGUAUAGAACAAGGUGAAAGCUCAAUUGAAAUAGACCUAUCACAUCGUCAAAAUUAUUCAAAUAUCGUGAGAUUAUUGACUCGUUUAGGUUUUUAUAUUGUUGAAGAUUUGAAUUUUAAAAUUUCGGGAGCUGGUAUCUUACAUUCCCAAAAAUCAAAUUAUGGAUUGCUUAUAGAAGUAGAAGUAAAUGAAGAAAUAUGUAAACAUUUAAGAAUAGUAGUUAGAUGUACUGGUGGUGGAGUUAGUGAUAUUAUCAGUUCAACCUUGAAAGAAAUAUUAGGAAAAUUAUAA